CUGCGCUUUAAAAUGUAAUUAUAAUCUUAACUCAAGUGAUGAAGCAUUCUGAAAGUCUGACAGUAUUCAGUGUUGAGCAUUAUUGUAAGGUUAACCCUGCCUGCUUUACGUGUUUGAAAAUGAUUAACAGUUGAAAACAUUAUUAGAAAUUUAGAGAAGUAAUCAUUGAAGUUGUUACACUACUUGUUACAUUUUAAGUAGGGUAACUUGUAAUCUGUAACCUGUUACAUUUCCUUCCCAACACUGUAAAUAAGGUACAAAAGCUACUGCCCCGGUGCCAGCCGUCUAACAGCAAGCUGAAGGGUUUAUGAUGAUCUGUUCUCUCUCUCAGUCUCUGGCAGAGUUUGAUCUGCGCUCAGUGAAGUACGAGAUCAAAUCAGCUCGAUGUCACGAAAUGCGUCUCGCCAGGCCUCCCCACGACUGCCUCGCGUUCACCUUCCGCAGCGAGCAGGAGGCGCAGGAGUGGGCCACCGCCAUGAUGUCAGACAACAGGCUUUUCAAAAUCCAAAAUAGUUUUAACCGGCGCUUUUGCGUGUGGUUUUGAAACUCUUCUGCCAUCGUCUUGUCAGCUUCAUAUUCAGAUAUGCUUAGCCUUUCUGAUUGCUCACUGCUCGCUCUCUUUUUCUGUUUCAGUUGCCAGCAUUUCUCAUUCUUCAAAUGAAGGACUGCAGAAUGUGAAGUGUGUCUUGUCGCUGUCUAUGAAAGAGGAGCUGUGUCUAGAGCUUUCUGGAGCGAUCGAGGCUGGAGAUACUCGUGCCGCUGUGCACUACGCCACAGAUCUGGCCAAGCAGCAGAUCACACUGAGCAUUCAGCCAGCGCUGCGAGACACCGACGACACGGAGAUCAGCUUAGCUGUGGUUGUAGAAGAUGCGUCAUCUUCCUGCUGUGUCACAGUAAAAGUCCACCCUCACGUGAACGUCGCUUCUCUGAAGCAGCAGAUGUUUGUUGAGUAUGGUUUCCACCCCAGGGUGCAGCGCUGGGUCAUCGCUCAGUGUCUGCUCUGACGGCCGCUCUUUAGUGUCGUAUGGCAUCUACAGGGACGGCGACACUGCAUUUCUCUACCUCUUGUCUGCUCGUCACGCCUGCCUCGGUC